UCCGUUUUCUGGUCCAUGUUUCGCUCCUCGCUCGCCGUCGAGUCGACAACGCUCAUCCGUCGCUUCGGUGUUGUGAAACAACCUUCCGCUGUUUUCAACCUCCUUCAGUGCGCCGUCGGCCCUCUUUGGAUUACGUCCUCGGACUCCGCUAUCUCUCGGAUUAAGCCAGGAAUGAAGUCGCAGAUGGAACAGCAGGUCAUCAGCCGGUGUUUGGCCAAGGUGGCCGAAGGCCGCGUCGGCCGCGGCCGCAAGGACCGGGACUUGAACCACGAAGAGAUGCAGUCGCUGCUCGCCAAGCUCAAGGAACUCGUGCCUAACAUGCCGCGAAACAAGAAGCUCUCCAAACUGGAGAUCAUCCAGAAUGUCAUCGACUACAUCCUCGACCUGCAGAUCGCUUUGGAAACGCACCCGGCCACCCGCUCGUCGCAUCCUGCAGGCUCCAGCACGAGUCCAGCGAGGCAACCCUUGGGAGUUCUGUCGCCUUCUAGCAACGCUGUGGCGAACACCUGUUCUGUGUUGGAGGCGAACCACGCCGACAAAGUCCUCCCCAGCCACCUGACGGACCUGAUCUCUGCCGUGGUGCCGUCGCCACGUCCGGUCUCGUGCUAGGACUUGUGAGAAAGUGCGACCAGCGGGACAAUGAUUCUUCGUCAUCCCAGAGCGCUGAGGCAGAGCUCCGGGACUCAGUGAUGGUGCGUCGGUGCCUCCGAGCACGGCUAGUCUUUCGCUCUACUCCAAGCCAAGAGCGACAUCUUCACCAACCACCGUCAACGCAACUGACGCCCCGGCGAGAUGCAGAGGCUGCUUGAUGACGUCCAGCGAAGACGCCGGCUGACGUCUGUGCCGCGGCUUGCCGAUGAACAGCAAUACACCAUCUUCACGCCAUCGGCAACUCUUCAGCAUGGCAAGGCAGUCCAGGCACCGAAGAUAGCAGCUCCCAGAAACAGCAUGGAGAGUGCGAUUAUCUUCCUGGUUGUAGUCUUUAGCAGGCUGUAGAUGUGCUCCUCAGCGCUGAGCCUGGCCACUCCAGCACAGUAUUAGAGCAUGUCUCUGUAUCUUGAAGCCUUCCCCAUCCCAGUUUCUGUCACAAACAUGAAAGAAAAGGUCACCCCAAUGUCAUACGACAGCCUGAAAAACAACAAUGUCAGGCUCUUGUUUGCUUGGAGAUCAUGUGCAAUCUUUGACAUCAAGUUUUUUUUUAUAUAUAUACAUAGUUUCGUCGCGUGUAUAUGCCACUCUUGCGGGGAAUUUUGUAAGGGUCGAGGGGUCAUGUUGGGAUCUCCAAUCUUAUUUAUAAUCGUUUCCCUCUUCCAGUUUUCUUCAGUUGCAAGUACAAACCGAUGUUUUGGUAGCUACGUCUAAGAGCACCUACCUUUGCCUGCACUUAUUUCGAAGCUAGUCCAGGGGAGGUUCGAAUGUGUACAACUGCCGGUAGCUCUUAAUUUCUUUCUGGGUAUAUCCCCAAACGUUACAAACGCUGAACUUGCUAACUGUUCUUGCCACGGGUUGGAGAUCCCUGUCAUUUUCUGGGCCAGGUUUUCGUGCAAACACAUUUUAUUUCGUUGAGUAACUUAUAUACGUCUGUGAUGUGCGAUUACGUAAUAAUAAUAAUAAAAAAGGACGAGGCAUCUGAUAACGUGUCCUGUACACAGACAAAUCGUGCCCAUUUUCAUGUUGUAACCUAGUAUACAGUGCUUGCUUGACAGAGGCUGCAUGCUUCACAGCAAUGCGCUCACCGGUACAUCGGCUACUUAUAUUUUUUUUUCUCCCUUUGUAUUUCUGACAAAAACUGACCGAGGCAUUUCUGUGCCCCUUCUAGGCGAUGCCUAUGAAUGUAAUUAUUAUUUGUACAGAGAGACACUUACACAAGGACAGAUCCUAUAGUUUGAUGACAUUGUGAUAAAGCCCCUUUUUGCAAGCAAAAAGAAAAACAAAUAAAUAUUGCAGUUCAAACUUA